UUGCCCGAAUGAGGUCGGAAUUGCGCGUAUUGAAAUAGCGACUCGUCGAGCAGAACGCGGCACGGGGGGGAGAGCCGUGUUUUCGUGGGGGGACACGACACGUGAACGCGCGGCGCGCGCGAAAGGGCGUGUUUUCGCGCUACAGCCGGUUCAGAGGGAAAAGUGAGGAGGAAGCGCCUCCCCCCGCAGUCUCGCGCAGCACAGCGGCGGCGGUAGCGGCAGCAGCGGCAACAGCAGCAAGAUGGCGGCGCGGUGGGGAGCGGCAGACGAGACUCUCUCCGCCGGCACCGCGGAGUAUUUCUCCGCCUUCGGCCCGGACCAGGGAGUUUUCACUGGAAAUGUCAGUGAUGACCUCAGUCUGAACCACCAUUUGGAUGCCGGAGAAACCCUCGAUUCCCUCCACGCCUGCCUGGAUUCGUCCAUCCUGUCCAUCUUCGAGGACCCUGCUGUGACCGGAGAGGGGAAAGGACGUAUUGAUGACGAAAGCGAAGCGUCGUUACUCACUGCUCUUACGGAAAUACUUGACAACGUCGAUGGCGAAAACCUGUCGCCGUUCGACACGCUUCCAGACCCAGAGUUCUUCUCAGGCCAGAAGGGCAGGGAGACAUCCCCGCUGCGAAGACUGCUGAACCUGACGCGGUCUCCACCCGAGAAGGAACCCGUCUGCAUACCAAAGACGGCCUCCCCCUCCUCUGGGAAGGCCGCUAGACCUCUGUCCAGGCCUCUGAAUGCACCUCUCCAGAGGAGCGAUGGUGAGGAAGAGGAUGACCUAGAGCUCAGCAGUCUGGUGCAGGGCUCGGAGGGCGAGACCUUGUUCCCCAGCUUGGACAUGAUGGAGCUGGACAACCUGCUGACAGCAGAGCAGGCUAGUGACCACAUUACCACGAUGUCCCUGGGAGACCUGGUGAAGCACAUGCACCCGUACUGUCUGGCCGUGUCUCUGGAGCUGGACGACGCCGACGGCGAGGCCGUGCUGCCGGAGGGUGGCAUCGUGCUGGAGGUGGUGGAUCGUGGAGAGCAGGGAGAGCCCAUUCUGGCUGUCGCGGCUACGCUCCCCGGCAACGCUGUGCUGCCUGUCCGCCAGCAGGCAACCUCCGCAGAAGCCGAAAUCCCCGGGGCGAAGGCGUUGGAAGAGCAGGGUCCCGGAUUCGGCCCAGUCGCGGAAGAGGAGGACGGCGAGGCAUCUGAGGAACGGCCGAAACAGCCGAUGCUGAAAAAGAGCUUGUCGCGUCGGAGGAAGAAACGGAAAAGCAAAGCGUCUGCAGCAACCGCUAAGAAGCAGGUUCCGGGGAGUGAGCCGGCCGCUCGGGUUGCAGAGAGCCCCGUUCCCAAAGACGCGGCUCUACAGCCUGUAGAAAGCAGCCGAGUGACGAGGAAGAAGAAGAAGGUCACGUUUGCCCCCGUCCUGGCUUCGGUCCUCAAUACCUCGGUCGAGGAUCCGGCUCCACCCACCAACUCGGAGAGCCCAGCAGGGUCAGAGGAUGUGGCCUUAGAGCAACCAGUGAGUCGCAUCCAGCGAGAAGUGGAGUCAGCCCCUGGGGUGCCAUCGUCAUUUGUCGGCCCCGUGAGCGACAGCCAGCCGGCUGAUGCCAGACAGGAGCUGGCGGCACCUCAGCAGGAAGGGGCCAAACCAAAGUCGCUCAGUCUGCAGCAGUACCGGCUCCUGCGUCAGCAGAAGAAGCUGGCUCCGGUGGAGAGGCCCGAGGGCGGCGGCACCAAGUGGCCAAGCCUCCCCGAGCCCCCGAAGGAGCUGCCCCCCAUCCCCUGUCUGCUGGAGCGCAAGGCUCUUCAGGACCCCCGACGUGCAACUGCCCAUGUGACCAGCAGGGCGAUGCCAGACAACGCAUCUGUGUGGCAGCCCAAGGGCUCCAGAGUGCCCCCAACCCCGGAGGCGCUGCUGGUUCCGCCGAUGUCGGUGGUGGUCCGCAGCAAGCCUUCGGUGGUACCAGCACCAGUUUCUAAGCCGGCAGGUGCGCCACAACCCGUUCAGAGCAAACCUGUUGGGAACCCGGCCGUAGAAUCUCCUCCUCACUCGUCCCCUCCAGCGGUCUCUCCCGCGGCUCCUCCCCAAAAUGCGGCCCCCGUGACUCCGGCUGUCCAAUCUGCGCACCCACCCGAGCAGCACCCUGGCUGCUCCCCCGAGUUCAGCAGUGUGCAUCCCGAGCAACCCGCGAAGCUCCUUCCCACGGAACCGCGGCGCUUGCCCGUGACUCCGACCGCUACAAAUGCCCCUCGGUGGCAGCACCCUGAACCCCCUGCCCAGAAGAAAGCGCCAGUGUUGGUUGAGGAUGCUCCCCCAGCCUCUCGCACCGCUUCCCAGCCAGAGAUACGAGUCCAGCCGGACCCUGCAGCCAACACGCCCGCCCAAAGGAGACCCCAGCGGGCACCGCAGCAGAACAUCCUCGUACGGCCGGCCGAGAAGAGCCCCAUGGAGAAGCUCGUCCGUUCCUUCACCAGUGAAAUAGGAAUCGAGGCUUCGGAUUUGACAAGCCUGCUGGAGCAGUUCGAGGAGACUCAAGCCAAAGAGGAACACACUGUGCCAGAGGUCUGUGCUAAAGCAGCUGCUGUAGGAAACUCCGGGAAACCAGCGGAACGUGCAAUUUUCCCAGAGCUGGCAAGCACAGCCGGACUUACACCUCCGGCUACUCCUCCACAUCAGACUUGGAAACCACUGGCCCCCGUGGCAUUGCUCGGGAAGCCUAAGCCUUCGCCCUCAAAGGCCAUCCAGAUCAUCAACCCUCGGCCCCUGCCGCCCAGCAAGAUCCGCGGCAAGACCCUGCCUCCUGCAGCGUUUGGAGCCCCUGCACGUCUUCCCAUGUUUGUAGACCACGACUACUGCCUCCCUCCGGAGGGGCAGGCGGCAAAUGAGCAGGAUCCCAGCUCGGACGCUAAGCAGCAGCAGCAGCAGCAGGCAUCUGCUGCAGUCCUCCAACCACUAGGGGGCAACACAGCUCCCCAGCAUUCUGCCACAGUGGGUUUGACCAGCCAGCCGCUGGACCACAGGACUCAGCCUGAGGCGAAGGGUACAAUCGAUGGUUCUGUUCUACUCUCCCCUGACACCUCCCCCUGCAGGACAGAGGCCAACCCUGCGCCCUCAGAAGACGAACAAGACAGGAGCAGGGGCACUUUAUGCGUAUUGGAGCGCUCCGCCAGCCCUCCUGUGCAGGAGAGGGGCAGGACGAGGAGGCGCUACCGAGCCAGGUCUCCUAGAUCCAGCAGCAGUAGCAGCGGCUCUGGGUCCAGGUCUUGCUCAUCCUCUGGAUCACAGUCUCGCUCUAGGUCCAGUUCUCGCUCAUCCUCCCCACCCAGGAAGAGGUUCCGGUCCAGGUCCCGGUCCUGCCACUCUGCGAGCAGCUCCAGCUUUUCCUCUCGCUCCUCCUCUGGCUCGCCCUCUUGCUCCCCUCCACGACGUCGUCAGGGCUCCUACUCCAGCUCGCGCUCGGGUUCCUGGAGCCGAUCGCGUUCACGGUCCCCACGGUGGCAUGGGAGGAGCCGAUCGCGUUCACGGUCCCCACGGUGGCGCGGGAGGAGCCGCAGCCCAAGUUGUAGAAGAAACCACUGCUAUGAAUCCCGAGAAAGACUGCAAAACCAGGAGGCAAAGGAUCGCAAGCUCAAAGCCAUCGAGGAGCGCCGUGUGGUGUAUGUGGGGCGCAUCCGUGGUGGGAUGACUCGCAAGGAACUGAAGGAGCGGUUCUCCUUGUACGGGGAAAUUGAGGACUGCACUCUGCACUUCAGGGAGCACGGGGACAACUAUGGCUUUGUCACCUACUACAAGACGAAAGAUGCGUUUGAUGCCAUUGAGCACGGCAGCAAGCUGCGGCAGUGCAACGAGCUCCCCUUCGAUCUCUGCUUCGGCGGACGCCGCCAGUUCUGCAAGUCCACCUAUGCUGAUCUAGACUCAAGUCGGGAGUAUGAACCGGCACCAGCGAAAAGCAAAUUUGGUGCACUAGACUUUGACACUUUACUGAAACAGGCCCAGAAGAGUCUGAAAAGGUAACGCUCAGGGGGCCGGGUAGGGCUGGAGGGAAGAGGAGCCGAGACGACACGUUACCUCAACGCGGCGACGAAGCUUACGACUGCUCCUCAUCGUUCCUCUCUCUCUGUGUGCGUGUGUGUGUGUGUGCGUGUGCGUGCGUGCGUGUUGUUCUCUCCUCAUUGCCCCCCCGAUCCUCACAUUUCUACAAGCUUACACCUUCUAUUGAAGUGAAGAUUUGUUAGAAAAUGGAAAAGAGCAAAAAAAGGGUAUAAAAGAAAAAAGAGCAAAAAAAGACUAACUGAAUGUUUUUAAAGAAGACAUUAUUUAAAUUUCUUAAUUUGCAUUCUAAUAGGAUAUCAACUUUGCCAAGUACUGAAAUAAACGUGGGAUGAGCAUUGCGAGAUUGGAACAACCUGGAAACGGAAGUCUCCCUAAUGUUUGGGAGCAAGCUGGCUA